AUGCCAUGGCCAACCCCGCCUGGGGCGUCCUCCAAAGCUGGAUUUCCUGCUUCGCCGUCAUUGCCUGCUUUCCCUUCCUCCACAUCCGCUCUUGAGACGCGCGAUGACAUCCAAGGCGAGGCAAAGCGCACUAGAAUAGCGCCAAACCUGACCGUGGCGCCCCGAGUCAUCGAUAUUGUGCGCAUGCCUGAUGGAGCGACAGGAUGCGUGGACCCAGGCAAGAGACGCGUCGUGAGCGCGUGCCGAUUCAGCAGCAGAGCUGGUAGCGACCGCCGCAUCUUUGCGACGACUCUGAGAUUGGAAGGCCGAAAGGAAGAUGAAGAACAGGGCGGUGGGAGGGCUGUUGUGCCGCUUGGCGGAGCAUGGCAAGAGCAGGCAGACCUUCUUGCGCAACCCCCUGCGAAUCCAAUGUCCAUCAUCUUAGUGAGUUGACCACUGCGAACACUUUGCGUACUACGGACAGCGUAGCUUAUACAAGUCCGUCAUCUACACAGGAUCACGAGAGCUGCGUCGUUGGCACUUCGUCGGGGCUGAUCUACCGCGUCUCCUUUGUGGGCAAUGCAUAUACUCAAGGAUGGGUUGAAGCAGAUUCUUCAAACGGCAAAGCAGACACAGCGAUUCCCCAGCGGGGCAUUGGCGAUACGACGAUCACUGACCUCGUGCAGCUUCGCGAUAUCUGGUCGACCUUGAUGCUGCCAGAGGACAGUCCUGCUGAUCACCCAGGUCGCUUCAAGCCACGAAGAGAUCUGGUUGCUGCCAUGGGUCUGCGCUGA